UUCCCUCCCUUUUCUCAACGAGCGACGGAGCGAGCAGAGGACGAGGGGAGGAAGGAGGAGCGAACGGAACGGACUCGGUAAUCGUAUCUGGCGGACACGAAUGUAAGAUUCAGCUAAAUUUUAGGACAGGUUAAGGUCCGACUUGUCAAGCGCUCUCUCUCUCUCUCUGGACUCUGCUUCUACACUUAAAAACAUAUAAACGAAAAAAGUGAGUCCAAGAGCUUCUCCGAGUGAGGAGGUCGCAGAGACAAGACAGGGAUAAAGACACGGACAGAAGAAAACAUGGUGAGAUCCUCGGCCUCUUGUUUCAAGAUCAUUACAUGCGGCAGCGACUCUGUUGAUAAUGAUGACCUUCAAUGGGCCGAGAGCAAAGGGUCAACAGACAAACGUGGAUGGAGUUUUAGGAGAAGAUCUGUCAAGCAUCGAGUACUAAGUAAUACUGUUAUGUCAGAAGCCCCAUCUACUGGGAAUAAAGAGAGCCCAGAAUCCACUACUAUUGACUUCCAUCCACCAACUAACCUUACAGUUCCUGAGAAAAUCUCUGUGUCACAAGGGGCAGAUGAGCCACCUCAGUUGUCAACUACUACGAGUCCAAAAGUACCUGAUCCCUUAAUUGCCUCAGAUGAUGUAAGCAAAGUUGAUCCCAACCUGGAGGAAUCUGUUGCUAUCUUCAUCCAGACUGCAAUCCGAGGAUAUCUGUCUCGAAGGGCACUGUUGAAGCUCAAAAAUGUCAUCAAGUUGCAAGCAGCUGUGCGUGGGCAUUUGGUCCGAAGGCAAGCAGUGGGAUCUCUACGUUGUGUUCAAGCUAUCAUCAAAAUGCAGGCUUUGGUACGUGCACGCCGUGCACGUAUGUUAAUAGAAGCACCCAUAACUGAAGCAAAACCCAGUGGGAAGCAUGAUAAAAUUGAUCAGAUUGGAAAGGGUGAAUUGGGAAUCAAAACUUACUCUUCUACUGAGAAACUGCUUAGCAAUGUGUUUGUUCGUCAGCUUUUACAAUCAACUUCAAAGACAAAGCCAAUUUACAUCAAAUGUGAUCCUUCAAAACCCAAUUCUUCUGCAUGGAGAUGGUUAGAGAUGUGGAUGGCUGUAUUGUCAUCAGAUUUUGUGCAACCACAGACAUUGGAGUGUCUGGAAAAUCAGGAACAAGGAGACAAGAGUGAAAAAGCUUCUUCUGAAGUAGGAACUGAAAUUGCAGCUGAAGCUGUCCCUGAGAUAGGAGAUUUGAUGUCUGCUACUAGGGAAACAGAAACACCAUCUGAGAGUGAAGAUAGUUUGAUUACUUACGAUGCAGAUAACUUUGACUUUCAUGCUUGUCACCCAACCUCUUCUUCAACAAGAGAUGGCCCUGAGCAUCAUCUUGAGGAUGUGGAUUUAGGCCAAGCACAAGAGGCCUUGUCCAAGAUAGAUUCACCUUCCAAUCAUACAGAUAUGCAAUUGGAUGCAACUUCUCAAAAGUUGGCUUAUUCUGCUUCUGAAAAGCCUGAAAUGAACAGUGAACAACCUAAAAACCUUGUUAAAAGGGUGGCUUCUGAACAAUUAGAGACUGAGGGAAAGAAAUUUGUAUUUGGAUCAAGAAAAGCAUCUAAUCCUGCAUUUGUUGCUGCUCAGUCUAAAUUUGAAGAGUUGAGUUUAACAGCUAAAUCAGGCAAUUCAAUCAGUUCUACUCGUACAGAUUUUGGAGUAGAAUCCAAAUGGGAAACUAUCUCAUCUCUUUCAGAUCCUGUAGCAAGGGCUAAGGAACUUAACCCAACAGAGAAUUCUGUAUCCCAUGAUUCAGGGCUUCAGAUUGGGGGCUCAGAAUGCGGCACUGAACUCUCUAUUACUUCCACUCUUGAUUCACCAGAUAGAUCUGAUGGUGGAGGGGAAUUUGAAAAUGAAGCUGAAGUUGCAGAAAGAGUGACUCCUGAUCCAAGUGAUUCUGCUGAUCAUGCAUCUAAGACUGGAUUUCUAGAUGUUGAAGUGAAGCCUGUUUCCUCCACACCCCUGCCUACUCAGUCUUAUGCUGUCUCUUCUCAGCCAGGGAAGAAUGAGGAUGUUAAUGGAGAGUCAUUAGACUCAAUUGUACCUGCCACUUCCCCCAUGAUAGAGCAGCAGCCAGAGAGAAGUGAAUCAGAUGUACAGAUCCAACUGGACACUAUCACAGAUCAACAAGCAUACAUAUCAUCACCAGAAGGUUCUCCAAGAAGCCAUAUAACUGCCCCUGAAUCACAUGGAACGCCUUCAAGCCAAGUAUCAUUGAAAGCUAAAAGAAAUAAAGUGGAUAAAAGCAGGUCAAUCCAUAGUUUAAAGUCCCAGUCAGCAGCAGAUAAAAGGUCCCCGGUGAAUCACAAUCAUGAUUCAGGUGUGAGAAAUAGUACAGAACAAUUGCCCAAGGAACCAAAAAGUGGAAAGAGGCGUAACUCUUUUGGUUCAACAAGACCUGAUCACAUAGAUCAGGAGCGAAGGGAUAGUAGUAGCAGUAAUUCACUUCCCAAUUACAUGCAAGCUACAGAAUCUGCUAGAGCCAAGGCUCAGACUCAUAGUUCUCCAAGGUCAAGUCCAGAUGUGCAAGAUAAAAAUAUUUACAUCAAGAAGCGGCAUUCCCUCCCCGGUGCAAAUGGAAAGCAGGACUCCCCUCGCAUGCAGCGGUCCGUGUCUCAAGCACAACAGGGUGUUAAGGGAAAUGGUGCGCAUUCACCUCAUGAGAGAAGAUGGCAAAGAUGACAUAUCGGAAGGGUCCUGGGCUUAAUGGUGUGAAGAUACUUAACCAGGUAUUAUCACUAGCUUCUUGAUUCAAAGGAUGUUCAGUUUUGUGAAAGAUUCUUAUUUCAGGGUCUUGCGAUUCCUCUGGUUUUCUUAUUAGAUUAAUCUAUUUGUGGUGUUUGAGUGGGUACCGAGAGAGGGAGAUAACAGGGUAUCAGGGUAUGUUGUAUAUUAUAUUAUCUCUAAGAUGAUGGCAGAAGUUUGGUUGUAAGUUUGUAAUAUGUUGUUUGUGUUCAUUCUUGUGUGGUAUUAUUUGGUUGGCUUUCUAGAGCACGAAAUGUAUCACCUUUAUCUGAAAAUUUGGACUUAUUUUGUAGAUGGAAGAGUUCAGAAAGCCUAUUGAGUGUAACAAUAAAAGGAAACCUUACGGUUUGCGUAGUACUAUCGAA